AUGACUCAACUACACGUCCAUGUCGUCUCUGCCUUACAUUUAGAGCCCAAAGAUCGUCUCACUUUGAGCAGUGAUCCCUUCGUAGAAGUCACUUUCAAUGGUCAAACCAAACGAACUUCAGUCAUUCGAGAUUCCCUAUGCCCAUGUUGGGAUGAAGUCUUGCUUUUCGAUUUUAGACCCAAUGUACUCACACUGAAUGAUAUUCUCUUCAUGAUGAAGAAACAAGAAAAUUGCAACACCACAGAACACUCCCCUGAACGUUCCUCUGUUUCCUCGUCAUCCUCUGAUACAAAAAGGUCAUCGCCGAAAAGGUUUCACCUUUCUCGAAUUUUUCAUCCUUCUGCAUCGGCUUCCUCAUCCACUCUGACUUCAUCCUCAUUACUGUCGGCCUCCAACUCAACAGCAGAAGCAUCGGGAAACAUUUCUCAAGCUGCUUCUUCUGCUUGUUCCAAUCGUGGAUCACCAGCUCGUACGACCUCUCAUUCACCCCACCGAGACCUUUCUUCACACCUCGGUUAUGUGCAUUUCAAAGUAUUUGACUACGAUCGAUACAAACACAAUGAACCAUUGGGAGAGUGCUAUGUGCCAUUAGGAUCCAUCUUUGAUGGAUACUUGUUGGAUGAGCAAUGGGAUGGUAAACCUUGGUGGUUUGAACAUUCCACUCCCUUACUCAUUGCUGGUAAGAGAAGAUCGAAGGAACACGCUCCCAAGAUCACGAUGGAUGAAAAUGAUGAUCAAUUGACACGAAGUGAGAGUAUUGUGAGUGAGGAUGAAAUUGGGGUUGCUACUGCUCCGAGUGGCAAUGAGGACAUUGGAAAUUUCACAACAACCACAGCAGCUGUGUAUCCAUUGAAAAAUUCUCUCAAUGACUAUGGACAAGAGCUCAUAAGGGAACACAAGAGUCCGAGUGCUGUAAGUGCAUCGUCAGGUCAGUUUCAUGCAUCUGAAGAGACGAUGGAACAUGUCUUGUUUGGAAAAUGUGAAUCUUAUACAAAAGAAUCUUUCAAUUACUUGUUUGAUGAGAAGGUUCAAGAGUUGUUGAUGGAGCAAGCUAAAAAACCUCACUACUUGGAGAUGGAGCUUGAGAAAACUUCAAAAAAGUCAUUUCUAAUUGUACAAUUGUAUUUGAGUGGGAUUGUAAGAUCGAGACAGCGCUGGUAG